CUUUUCCCGUCUGCAGGCUGCAGCACAUGGAGUUACAGAAGGGAAAAGGGGCAGCAGCGCCAGCUGCUUCGGGAGCAGCGGGAGGUGGAGGAGCGGGAGCAGGAGCCCCAGGAGGGGGGAGGCUGCUACUUUCAACCAGUUUGGAUGCCAAGGAUGAGUUAGAGGAGAGACUGGAAAGGUGUAUGAGCAUUGUGACAUCGAUGACUACUGGUGUCUCAGAGAGAGAGGCCAAUGACGCCCUCAAUGCCUAUGUAUGCAAAGGUCCUCCCCAGCAUGAAGAAAUCUGCUUGGGCCUCUUCACUCUUGUCCUCACUGAACCUGCCCAAGCCCAGAAGUGUUACCGAGACCUGGCUCUGGUGAGUCGUGAUGGAAUGAAUAUUGUCUUGAAUAAAAUCAACCAGAUUCUCAUGGAGAAGUACCUGAAAUUACAGGAUACUUGUCGUACUCAGUUGGUGUGGUUGGUACGGGAACUAGUGAAGAGUGGGGUUCUGGGAGCCGAUGGUGUUUGCAUGACAUUCAUGAAGCAGAUUGCAGGUGGGGAUGUUACAGCCAAAAAUAUCUGGUUGGCAGAGAGUGUUCUGGAUAUCCUGACGGAACAGAGGGAAUGGGUACUAAAGAGCAGCAUCCUCAUCGCCAUGGCUGUUUACACCUACCUUCGCCUCAUCGUGGACCACCAUGGGACUGCCCAGCUCCAGGCCCUGCGGCAGAAGGAGGUGGACUUCUGCAUCUCACUGCUUCGGGAACGGUUCAUGGAAUGUUUGAUGAUUGGCCGGGACCUCGUAAGACUACUUCAGAAUGUUGCUAGGAUACCAGAAUUUGAACUUCUUUGGAAAGACAUUAUCCAUAACCCUCAGGCUUUGAGUCCCCAGUUCACAGGUAUCUUGCAACUUCUACAAUCAAGAACAUCCCGAAAAUUCCUAGCAUGUCGUCUAACCCCAGAUAUGGAGACUAAGCUCCUCUUCAUGACUUCCCGGGUGCGGUUUGGUCAACAAAAGCGAUACCAAGAUUGGUUCCAGCGCCAGUACUUGUCAACCCCAGACAGUCAGUCUCUGCGUUGUGACCUCAUUCGCUACAUCUGUGGGGUUGUUCACCCAUCUAAUGAAGUGCUGAGUUCAGAUAUAUUGCCCCGGUGGGCCAUCAUUGGCUGGCUCCUGACAACAUGCACGUCAAAUGUUGCUGCCUCUAAUGCCAAGCUGGCUUUGUUUUACGACUGGCUGUUCUUUAGCCCAGAAAAGGAUAGCAUUAUGAACAUAGAGCCAGCCAUCCUGGUCAUGCAUCACUCCAUGAAGCCCCACCCAGCCAUCACUGCCACACUCCUGGACUUCAUGUGCCGUAUCAUCCCUAACUUCUAUCCACCAUUGGAAGGUCAUGUGCGGCAGGGUGUCUUUUCCUCCCUCAACCACAUUGUGGAGAAACGGGUCUUAGCGCACUUGGCUCCCCUGUUUGAUAACCCUAAAUUGGAUAAGGAGCUGCGGGCAAUGCUGAGAGAGAAGUUUCCUGAGUUCUGCAGUUCACCCUCCCCACCUGUGGAAGUCAAAAUUGAAGAGCCUGUUUCCAUGGAGAUGGAUAACCACAUGUCAGACAAGGAUGAGAGUUGCUACGAUAAUGCAGAGGCAGCCUUUAGUGACGAUGAGGAGGAUCUCAACAGCAAAGGAAAGAAGAGAGAGUUUCGCUUCCACCCAAUCAAGGAAACUGUCGUGGAAGAGCCCGUUGAUAUCACCCCUUACCUUGACCAGUUGGAUGAGUCUCUAAGGGACAAAGUUCUCCAACUACAGAAGGGGAGUGAUACAGAGGCCCAGUGUGAGGUCAUGCAGGAAAUCGUGGACCAGGUCCUGGAGGAAGAUUUUGACUCGGAGCAGCUCUCUGUCCUUGCCUCCUGUCUACAGGAGCUUUUCAAGGCCCAUUUCCGAGGGGAGGUCUUGCCUGAGGAGGUCACCGAAGAGUCACUGGAGGAAUCUGUGGGGAAGCCUCUCUACCUAAUAUUUAGGAACCUGUGCCAGAUGCAGGAAGACAACAGCAGCUUCUCCCUUCUUUUGGAUCUUCUUUCUGAGUUAUAUCAAAAGCAGCCCAAGAUUGGGUACCAUCUGCUGUACUACCUGAGGGCCAGCAAAGCUGCUGCCGGGAAGAUGAACCUGUAUGAGUCAUUUGCCCAGGCCACCCAACUGGGUGACUUGCACACCUGCCUGAUGAUGGACAUGAAGGCCUGCCAGGAGGAUGAUGUGCGACUGCUGUGCCACCUUACACCCUCCAUCUAUACAGAGUUUCCAGAUGAGACCUUGAGAAGCGGGGAGCUGCUGAACAUGAUCGUGGCUGUGAUAGAUUCUGCACAGCUCCAGGAGCUAGUCUGCCAUGUGAUGAUGGGGAACCUGGUUAUGUUCCGAAAAGACUCCGUUCUCAACAUACUCAUCCAGAGCCUGGACUGGGAAACCUUUGAGCAAUACUGUGCCUGGCAGCUCUUCCUGGCCCACAACAUCCCUCUGGAGACCAUCAUCCCUAUCCUGCAGCACCUCAAAUAUAAGGAGCACCCUGAGGCCCUUUCCUGCCUACUGCUUCAGCUCCGAAGAGAGAAGCCCAGUGAGGAAAUGGUGAAGAUGGUGCUGAGCCGACCCUGCCACCCUGACGACCAGUUCACCACCAGCAUCCUGCGGCACUGGUGCAUGAAGCACGAUGAGCUUCUGGCUGAGCACAUCAAGUCCCUGCUCAUCAAGAACAACAGCCUCCCUCGCAAGAGGCAAAGCCUGAGGAGCUCCAGCAGUAAGCUGGCCCAGCUGACCCUGGAGCAGAUUCUGGAGCACUUGGAUAAUCUGCGUCUCAACCUGACCAACACCAAGCAGAACUUUUUCAGCCAAACUCCAAUUCUCCAGGCUCUGCAGCAUGUUCAGGCCAGCUGUGACGAAGCCCACAAGAUGAAAUUCAGUGACCUUUUCUCACUGGCUGAAGAAUAUGAGGACUCUUCUACCAAGCCACCCAAGAGCCGGAGAAAAGCAGCUCUGUCCAGUCCACGAAGUCGAAAGAAUGCCACACAGCCCCCCAAUGCUGAGGAAGAGUCAGGCUCCAGCAGUGCCUCGGAAGAGGAAGACACAAAACCGAAACCUACCAAGCGGAAACGGAAGGGGUCCUCUGCAGUGGGUUCUGACAGUGAUUGAGCCUGUGGUCCUUUCCACCCCUACUUGGACUGUCCUC